UUGACAGUAUGGCGGAAAAGAAAAAAAUAAACAGCGAAAUGGACAAGAAAACGCUGGAAAACUCAGACUUUAGCCCCAAGAACUUGACAGAAACCCCAGUCAAUGAACAAUACAAUUUGAAACAAAGAUCUACCAAACAAUCAACACAUAUAGAAAACAAGAACACAAUAAACAUGCGUGAAUAUGCUCAACAACUGGCUCCAUGGAUUCACCAGUACAGAUUAUGGACUGCUAUUUCAACUUUACCACCGACUUUUCCUCAGCAGGCAAUGAGUUGUAUGCAGUUUGGGGGCCAACAGACUUUUCAGUCGUUUGGUUCUCCAACUACUAACCCAAUUAUUCAUAAUCAGAUUGGUGCAACCCCUCAAAAUCGAAAUCAGAGAAACGUUUCUACAGGCCAUGGAACGACAACCAACAGAUUAGGUACAGAAUAUAUGUUACCACCCUUAUGGAAGAGAGUCCUAGCAGAAGUGAUAGACUUUAUUGUAUUAUUUUACCUGAAAAUCAUAAUCAUGAUUAUGGUGAUGAGACAGAUGGGUAUUUUAAAAACAGAAAAUGUGUUGAAUGUUCAUAUUGAUGUUGUUCCAUAUUUUGACCUGAAGAACAUGGAAAUGGACAUAGAUAAGGCCUUUACUAUGACCUCAGAAAUAAUAGCUCUAGAAAUUGUCAACAGAAUAAUGAUCACUUUAUUUGAGACCUUCUGCUUGCGGAAAGGCAUGGGAUCACCAGGUGGAGCCACUCCGGGCAAAAGACUCCUGGGAAUGGUGGUGGUAUCGUGUGAAAAUAUAAUGGAUCUGGGGAACGGGAAAGUUUUAGUCAUUCCUGCAGAGGAUAUAGGCUUUAUUAAUGCCUUGGUCAGAUCUGUGAUAAAGAAUUUCACAUUAGCAUUCUUUUUUCCUGCCUGUUUAACUGUGUUCUUUUUCCAACAUAACAGAGCAGCAUAUGACAUUUUAGCUAAGACAAUAGUUGUUGAGCACAUACGCCCAAUUCAGCGAAAUGUGCGAUAGCAAAUAUAUGUUAAUUUUAAUAUGAUAGAUAUUAUUUGUUACAUUUCUAUUUGUUUUAUGUUUUGUGUAAUGUGUUUUUUAUGAUGAUGUUUUACAAAACCUAUUAUUGCCCAAUAUUAUGUAUAUAUAUUACUAGCAUAAUGACAAUUUCACAAAAAGUUUAAAGUUUAUUAUAACAAUAUAUGAUGUUAAAAUAGACAUUUUGUUUUUCCAAUAUAUUCUAGAAUAACUUUCUGACAUAUGUAAGUUUUCAAAAACAUUCUUUUUUCUGAUUUUUUUUUCGUAAUAGAGCAAACCAAAAUAUGUGGUUAAUAUAAACUAUAAGAAACAAAUUUAGUAAGAUUAAGUGGCACCAGAAACCAAGUCAGAAAGCUAAAAUUGAGAUGCAGUUAUGAAUUUCAAAUAGACAACAAAAUUAUACACCUCAAAGUUCUAGUCAGUAGUGUAAAAGGUCUAACCUUUUAUAAAUACAUUCCUAAACCAACUGCAAU